AUGGUAGGCGGUGAAGAAACCAUACAAGCUGCACUAAAAGGGUACCUCAGUUAUAUUGAUAAGGAGGCUUUUCAAGAUGUCAGCGAUACUGGGUUUAAGUAUAGCGGUGAGAAAAAUUUGGAGGCAUAUGCGAACUUGGUCAAUCCGAAAACAACACAAAUUGGUUGCGCAAUAGAGAAAUGUCCGGAUGACUACUACUACUCAGUGUAUUGCAUCACCAAUCAAAAGUGA